CUCUCAUCCUGUCUUCUCCUUCAACUAUUUAUAACUAACUAACUAGGGUUCUAAUAUCUCUCUCAAAGAAUCUCUCUCUAAGAGUAGAUCUUGAAAAGAUCUAGCCUAGCUAAGGGUGGAAAAGUGAUUUUAAUUAGAUAGUGAUGGCAUCUAGCUACUACUCAAAUCCUCCAUGUGCUGCUUGCAAGUUUCUAAGAAGAAAAUGCAACGAAGAUUGCAUAUUUGCACCCUAUUUUCCACCAGAAGAGCCUCAUAAAUUUGUAAAUGUUCAUAAAAUAUUUGGUGCAAGUAAUGUUAGCAAAAUUCUGAAUGAAGUGUUACCUCAUCAAAGGGAAGAUGCAGUGAACUCUUUAGCUUAUGAAGCUGAAGCAAGGAUUAAAGAUCCUGUUUAUGGUUGUGUUGGAGCUAUUUCAGUUCUUCAGAAACAACUUCUUAGCCUUCAAAAAGAACUUGAUGCUGCUAAUGCUGAUUUGAUUAGGUUUAACCAUCAAGGUUCUUCUUCUUUUGGACAUCUUAACUCUCAUGGUUUUUAUAAUUAUCCUUCUGAUUAAUUUGAAUAAUGAUGUUCCUAUCAACAUUUAGGGUUUCCUUUUGUAAAGUAUGGGAUAUUUGGAUCAAUAUGUAAUAUGUAUGUGCAUAUAUAUUUAUUAUUACUAAGUUUAUAAAAUUUCA